AUGUCUGGCUUCAAUGUGGUAAAUUGAUUAUUUCGUUUUUCGAAUAAUACAUUUUUUGACAGGAACCCGAGCCGGACUUUAUCAAACUCGAGAAUGCGCCUCUCAUCGAUCCGAUGAUUGGAGGUUCAUAAAUGUAUUAGUAUUUUUUUUUAGAUGUUUUUUCUUUUCAGGCUACCUUUUUAUUGAAGAAGAAACUCACUUGGGAAUCGACAACCCAAAUAUUCCAAUUGAAUCCACCGGUUUGUUUCAUUUUAUUCGAUUUUCGUGUACUUCUUUUGAGGAAUCUAAAUGUCAGUGUUCAUAAUUGGUAAAUCCUUUCCGAUUGAAAAGAUGGGUAGAUUGGCAAGGGAGACGUGUUGCGUACGCGACGCGGCUUCUGGCGGGAAACUCGAUUUCAAACGCGAGCCACCAUUUUCCACAGUUUUCCAUCACUUUAAACUUUUUAUGGCUUUGCAAAGAGUUAAACGAAUAAAAAGUAUGAAAAUGAUUUUCGAAAAAAGGCAUAGCCGCGUCGCGUACGCAUCGCGUAACCCUUUCCAAUCUUCCCAUGCCGCCUUUGUAAUCGGCAAAAAUCGACUAUACAGUUAAUUAUUAUUUUUCUAAAUUUCAACGUUUCAGGAAACAACGCCAACGACCGCCAAGAGAUCCCCCACGAGGAGGAAACGAUUUCGAAUGAUUGUCCUGCGAUCGACAUACAAUCGGAAUUCGGUAUCCAUUUGAUUCGAAAUUCAAGAUUAAUAGCCAUUUCCAGAAUCCAACAACGACAACAACGAACUCCGACAGGUCGAGGUUCGCUAUAAAGGCCGCGAAACUCGGACUUUUGUGAUUCGAAAGAAGCGAUCUUGCCAGAAGAGGCAAAAGUUGAAGGUGAACUCAUUAAUUUUGUGGUUCUUCAAACCAUCAGAUAUAAAUCACGAAAUUCAAGAUCUUGAUUUCAUCUUUUUAAACAGAGGCAAAGUCGGAAAAGGUGGAAAAGGCUUCAUAGAAAUUUUUCUGAAGACUGAAAAAGGCUCCUUUCUUGCGGCCUUUUUGCGUCAUUUCAUCGGCUCUUUUGCACCAUUUUUGCUGCCUUUCCCUUUUCCACCAUUUCUUGAGCCUUUGCACCUCUAACGGAAGCUCAAAGGGCCCAUAAAGGGUCCUUCCGACUUUGCCUAUUUUUUUAGAAAGUCAUUUUAAUGAAAAAUUGUAAUUUUAACUCGUGCGCCAAGUGCAUACGGCGUUUCUGCCAGUUGAAGAAAAAUGCAAGGAAUUUGAAACUCGGCAAAGUCUGCGCACUUCUCGAAAUUCGCCCGCGAAAUUUGAAAAAAAGUGGCUUUAUUUUUUUGAUUUUUUUGUCAAUUUUUUUCAUAUUUUUUUCACUUUUUUUCUUUUCGUAGAUUGCUGAUAGUAUUGCGGGACCACGAUCGGGGUAUACUCUGGGUUGUUAGACGUUUUUUUGAAAGUAGUUCUGUGAGGCUAACUUUAAAACUCGUGAUGAAGAAGCGUUUUGAAAAUCUCCACCUGUUUGUAUGGAACAUGUUUCACCCCAUUUUAUGUUUUUCUUAUUCUAUUUUUUUGUCGAUUGUUCAGAUUCCUAGGUUGUGGACAUAAAUGAGAUGAAGUUACAUGAAAAAAGUCUGUGAAGUUGAGAAAGUAUGUUCCGGAAUUCGUUUAUAUCCGGAUAUUCCGUCAACUUUUUAUAAUAAAAAGUACUUGCUGUAAAACAUCUUUCAUUUGUUUCUCCACAGCAAUAUAGUUUUAUUUAAUCUCUUUUAAUUUCCUCGUCUUUUUUCUUCAAUGUUCAUUCGUUUCUCACACUUAUAUCAUCGGUUAACCUUAUUUAUCGGUGCAUGCACUAAACACGUCCUAAUUGACGGAGAAAAGUGGGCGGGGCGUCGCAAAAGAAACACCGUGUGCAGAAAAGUCGUUCUAUAGACAAGAAGUUUCGCCUUUUUUCAUUCCAUAUUCUUUUCUGAUAUUAGGUUAAGGGAAGCAAUUCUGUGUACAACGUUCCUUUGCUGUUUUAGCGCAAAGUUGAAAUUAAAAAAAAAACGAAAGUUUGUAUAUUUUCAAAUACAUAUUUGAAAAGUUUCAUAUUGGGAAUUAUCAUCAGGAAAUUCUUGGUUUUACUAGUGAAAUGUCUCUAAUUAGGAGUUUGAAAAAAGCCGUGAAAGUUGAUAACAUGACUGGAAAAGUCUUAUAUUUUUCCAGACGGAGGACCAGAUAAGAGCGGAGAAUCGCAUCAACUCGAGGAACUGCGUGCAAAGAAACAAGCAAGAAGUCGAGACGUGCAAGAUGGAGAUCGAAUUUCGCGAAAAACAGCUCUCACAAGAAGAAAAAGAAGCGACAGACGAGUUUAACUUCAAAGGCGUACGUUAUGAACAUUCCUCUCGUGUUGAAACCACAUAGGGUCGUAGUUUUAGCCGCGAAAAUCUGAAUUUUCUACUUUGAGUGCUCAUUUCGCCGUCCCCGACCUGAAACGGCUUGCAGGAGCAAGCGAGAACAAAUAUUUUACGUGUAGGGUAACUUCUCUAUCCGUCUGCUCGCAAUCGGUAGAGUCCAUUCCGCGCCAGCUUUUCACGAUUUUUACUUUCCUCCGAGCUACAUAACCCUUCCCAUCAAAGCGUUUGAGCCGCCUGUGCGCAUGCGCCUUUAAUAUAAGGGAAGUUCUGGGCCAAAUGAAAGGUGCAAGCACUGUGACAGGCCGCGCGCAUCGAAAGGAACGCUUUGGCCUAAAGUUGUCUUUAUAUUAAAGGCGCAUACACAUGGAUAGGCUGAGUACAUUGAAAAGAACGCUUUGGCCUAAAAUUUCCGGUAUAUUAAAAGCGCAUAAAAAGAGAUGGGCCGAGCGCAUCGUAGGGAAAUAUUCAGCCUGACGUUUCCGUUAUAUUAAAGGCGCAUACAAAACGAUGGUUUUUGAUUUUUUAGGCAGCGGUCCACGCAGAAGACAUUUUGAAACUCGCUCGAAUGUAUGAUCCGCAAGGCAUAAACAACGAAAACUUCCGGGAAAUCGUCCAUCGGGUUCAAGAUGCUCAUAUAGGUUGGGUUAUCUCCCUUAACUCUUUUAGAAACGCCAGAGUGAUCCCUAGAAACCUCAGGGGCACUUAAAGUUACUCCUCUAGAACCGCCUUAUCUCCUCUAAAUGAGGGCACUGAAACUCGCAAAAAUGGCCACUUCUGUGCAGCAUUCUUGUCGUUUAUUAUCUUGUACUUCAUUUAGAGAAGCGUUCCCCGCGAAAAACUCAAUAAAUCAAUGUUUUUCUGGAUGAAAAAUAACAGCGAAUGAUUAAUCGAUCAAUUUUCAAAGCUGAAACCAAAAUAAACGAUCCCUUUAGCUUUGGGGGCUCGUGGGUCGUUUACAUAAAACAUUGAUAAUAACUCCCUUUUUUAAGCCUGCGAGAUCCACAAAAGUGAAUACAGUCAGGUGAUCGACAACAACGGCAAUUAUCCCACGAAAACAGAAGUUUGUUUUUUUUGUGAUCUUCUACUUUUUUUCUUCCAGGAGGAGAUCGUGCAGUAUGAGGCUCGUCUCAGAGAAAUCGACACCCGAGUCUGUGUGAGUGCAGCUUUUUAUUUAUUAUCCUAACCCGGGUCAACCCGGCCCUUAAAAGCGGCCAAAAAAAGUUUUGUUUUUAGAAUCGCCUCGUAAAAAAAUCGUAAUUUAAAAAAAUUUAAUCAAAAAAACUAAACAUUUCGAAGGAAAGAUUUUCUGGAAUUAUUUCUCAUUAUCAAUUCUGCGGGUGGCCCCGGGGUGCCAUUUUGGAAGCUUUAAUCAAGGAGUGAAUGAAAAUUAUUCAGCACACCCAGAAAGAUAGAAACAACCGGAACUCGCAGAGGAGCCGCACCAAGGAUAAGUUGGAACGACUGAAACUGCAUCAGCGAAUUGAAACGCUUCGAUCGGUUAGAAUUAAAAUUGAUGAUGAACAUGGAAAAUUUGAUUUGUUUCUCUCCAGAAUAUCGAGCAGGCAAAAAAGAGGAAGGAAAGGUAUUCGGAAUGCAACAAUUUCCUGAAAAAAGCGGUAAAUUUUCAGUUUUCCUGAUUGAAAAGUUUAGAUUUUUUUCGAAACCUCUGCCGUUCCUAAGUUCGACUUCCAAGUGGUCGUUUUUCAGAUCUACGAUGAAGUUGCAUGUGUCGACAGGCUGCUCGUCCAUUAUUACGCCCGUUCGCCUGCCGAUGGUUCACUUGACAAACAUCGUUGGGAGCAAGCCCGAACCUUUUUCGGCUUCACUUUCCGAUUGCCAUAG